UACGUACGUAUACGUGCUACUUCACGUACUUGUAAGAAAGGACUUGAUAUUUCGAAGUCACUGAGGUUCCUUCCUAGCUCCAUGCUAAGACUAAGCGUAGGGAUUUUGACAAGUUAAAUCCUCACUGCAGCAACAAGUGCAGAACAGACACUCCAAACGAUGAAUUGGCUGAUUUUAUGUCUUCUUUCUGUGACAUUUUGCCCAGUGAUCGCCGAUCUUGGCAUUUUAUCGGUGAGGAUCACAUCUGAUGGUAAGCUUCAUCAUAAGGAGUAUUGUGUUGCAUGUGCACAGGAGGCCGUCCUACCAAAGUCGCUCAAGAAUGAGGACUAUCAUCCUGUAGUAGACUUUAGCCAGUCCACACUAUGUGUAAGUCCAGAAGAUCCCAACAGACUUAGUGGGGCUGUAGUUGAGGCAUUGAGAGGAAACUGUACUUUCCUUCAGAAAGGACUUGUAGCACAAGAUGCUGGGGCUACUUCUCUUCUGGUUGUUAGUGCUACAAAAAUUACAACCCCAGAUGUAAACCAGUCUAAAGAGCUGAAAAUUCCUGUUGCUUUGAUCUCAUCCAGUGACCACAAAGAUAUCUGGGUCAGUGGAGGGCAAGUCAGUGCCGCAUUGUACAAUCCUGACCCACCAAUUUUUGAUUAUAACCUGAUAAUCAUAUGGAGUAUGGCCAUGAUUACUGUUAUCACAGGAGGAUAUUGGUCUGGUCUGACUGGUUAUAAAAUUGCUAAAACCAAAGAGAGAAAGGAACGACAAGAGGCAGGUGUUGCUGAUGGAGAGAGGACUGGAGGAGAUUCUGAAUCAGAUACAGAAAGCGAAGAAGAACCAAUGACUAUUACUUUACCUAUCAUUAUAAUCUGGGUUAUUAUGAUCAUGGUCAUGCUUCUCUUACUGUUCUUCUUUUACAACUAUAUGGUGUAUGUUGUUAUCGUGUUUUAUUGCCUGGGGGCAGCAAAUGGCCUACACACCUGUCUGUUACCAAUUCUCAAGUGCAUCAUGCCUUGCAAAAGAAGGUUACCAGCCAACAAAAUUCCUUUACUAAGUUCCCGACCUUAUAUCUUCAGUGUUGUAUUGGGGCUGGCUUGUAUUGGCUGUGUAGUGUGUUGGUUUGUGUUCCGUCAUGAAAGCUUUGCCUGGAUCCUUCUGGAUGUGCUUGGGAUAGCAUUCUGCAUUAGUGUUCUCAAACUCAUCCAUAUUCCAAACUUCAAGAUCUGUUUCAUCCUGUUGUCUCUUCUCUUCAUCUAUGACAUCUUCUUUGUCUUCAUCACACCAUUGUUUACUAAGGAUGGUACGAGUGUUAUGGUCAAAGCUGCUACUGGAGGUAGUGGGGCUACAGAACAGAUUCCAGUGCUUCUGCAGGUGCCACGUUUGUCACAUUCUUCUGGCCAAGUUUGCCAGUUAUUCUCCAUGUUAGGAUUUGGUGACAUACUUGUGCCAGGGUUACUCGUCGGUUACUGUUGCUCCUUUGACUUCAAAACUCACUCCCGCAUCAAAGCUUACUACAUUGCAUCCUGUGUUGCCUAUGGUAUAGGACUCAUCCUGACCUUUGUUGCCCUGGUUGUGAUGCAGACAGGGCAACCAGCUUUGCUUUACUUGGUCCCCUGCACAGUCCUGAUAACAUUGGCUCAAGCCACCAUACGCCGACAGCUGUCUGACUUAUGGCAUGCAAGACAAUCGCGAUCACACACUCGUACUGGAACUGAAGAGAGCACCCCAGGAAACUCCACAGAGCCUACAUCCAACACCAGUAAUUGCUCCAGAGCUCUAGACACUCCACCCAAUGGAACACUCACCCAUGAUACACCCCCUGACCCACAGGAGGAGCCCCCAACACCAACCCCAUCAUCUCAGAUGGGUCAAGAUCAAGAUGGAGAGUCAGAUGAUAUUACAGUGGAGACGCAGCCUCUUCUACCGUUGGCUAGCAUGCCGGUAACUGAAAUCAAAUAGAAACUUGGGAAUAGACAGCAAAAAGUAACUGAGUACAUCUUGGCCCAGAAAUGAUGGAUCAUCAGAUACUGGCUCAAAAAUAACUCAACGAAAGUCAUCAGAAUGUGUAUUAGAAUCAUACUAUGAUGACACAGUGGAGACUGUACUGUUAAGGGGGCUCCAGUCUAUUUCUGGUCUGUGCCCUCCUCAAUCCUACAAAAUCCUACAAAAUUACAUGAAUGUGGAAGGAUCUAGGACGGGGUAAUGGGUGAGAAUAAUGUUAUUUACAAGCAACAGUAGGUACUUAGACCCCAGAUCAGUUGGGGAGGGGGGGUUGAUUCUCAAGGACUCCGACAGCAGGUUAAGUCUUGAAGAUGUUCUGAAGGCUUGUUCUGGGCACAUAUACUCCUCCAUUGUACUUUAAAUAUCCCCAUACAACCUUUUAAAAUUAAAGUUUUGCCUGUCACAAGUUAACUGCUACAAGAAGCAGAAUACAUGUACAGUAUACAGAAUGUCUAACAUACACAGGACUUGCAUUAUGAUAACUCUACUCAGCAGAAAUAUUGCUGCUUUCCCGUUUUCAGUGUGUGGACACUGAUUACUAUACGCUGUAGAAAUGUUUGUAAAGAUGGCUCUACCUUGUUUUAUAAUCAUGCACACCUGUCAGUUCUCAAUCAUUAUACCAAUUCAUGUACUUAAGUGAUUUUGUUUUAGCUUAAAGGCUUCAAGAGUAAAUACUUCUAUUUUGUUUUUUGUUACCAUGUUUGGUAAUGUUUAUCUUGGUUAAUGUUACUUGUUGAAGUUAUAGAUAACUCACAAGGUGUUGAAAUUGUAUUGGGUUGUAGUGUCAGAACUGAGGAUGGCAUGGGCUUGAUGAUGGAAUUAGUGAAAUUACAUGUCGGGUGUAUGAUUUAAACAUCACAUAUUCUUGGGUUUCAGCGACUUUUAUACAUUUACAUGUAUUAUAGCUUUGGCUUUGUUUGUUACCUACAUUGACAUAACUUAAAAUAAUGGUACUAUACAUUUCACUUUCCAAAUUGCACAAACAGGCUUGUCCAUUGCAUUCGGGAUAUUUGCGUCAGACUUGAAAGUGGCUUUUGUGUAUUUUAAUAUUCAAACUUUCCAAACUUGGCAUGUUCUAAGCAUAGAAAUGAUGUUUUACAUGUUUUCAAAUUGUGGUUCUAGUGUCACCUUCAUAAAUUAAUGUAAAUAAAAUUACAGAGAACUGUAAUACAAAACU